UUAUUUUUUUUCCCCCUGGACCAUGGAAAUGCUUGAUAUAGGGCAAAAGUACACUGCUGUUGGACUACUGGGCAGAGCUACUGAUACAUUAGAUGCUACAGGAAAAGUAACUGAAGAAAAGCCUUAUGACCAAGUAACAAAAAGAGACCUUGAGAAUGUGCUGCAGAAGUUCACAGGGGACAUAAUGCAGGUUCCUCCACUCUAUUCUGCUUUGAAGAAGGAUGGAGAAAGGCUAUCAACUCUAAUGAAGAGAGGAGAAGCAGUAGAAGCAAAGCCUGCUCGGCCAGUAAGAGUGUACAGCCUCUCUCUCCAACAGUUCCAGCCACCACUGUUCACACUGGAUGUCGAAUGUGGCGGCGGCUUUUAUGUCAGGAGCCUGGUCAGUGACAUUGGCAAAGAACUUUCAACCUGUGCCAGCAUACAGGAGCUGACCCGAACCAAACAUGGACCCUUUACGCUGGAGGAGCACGCGCUUCAUGAAGACAGAUGGACAAUUGAUGAAAUUGCACGAUCCUUAGAGCGUUGCAUGUCUCUUUUCCCAGGAGAGCAAUCUCAUAAAAAAUUUAAGACAGAGUUUCCUGGAGAAACUGCUGUGAGCCGUGAAGAUAAGUGAUAAGUUGGGUCAAGGAAAAAGACUGAAUGAUUGAGAUGUUUUUAGAUUGGAUUGGGAUUGUCUUGCCUUUUGUAUAAAUUUACAGGUCUGUGUUGGGAGGGUGACAAAAUGCAGUGCGACACGAAUGGUUCUUCUGUUUUCUGGGGCUAGAACAUGCACUGAAAACAUCCAGUGCCUGCUGCUCCAUGAUCUGUUUAUUUCUCUCAUUACAUACUGUAAAUUGUUCUGCCACUGACGUCAAGUCUGCAUAAACUUUUAAAGAACUUACAGGGUGCCCUACAGCUGUUGUUACUGAUUCUUCAAUAAAAAAUUACAAACCUUAGGAUUUACUUAACGUGCUCCAAAGAAAAAUCCUUUUUUUCCUUGACAGAUGCUUCCAAACACUGAAGUGCCAUAGUGACAGGACUUUCAUAUCUGCAAGGGUAUAUGAUUGUGGAGUGGCAAUUUGUUUUCUUGAAAUCCAUUUUGGAAAAUGCCCACUUGACUGUAGUUUUUGCUAUGCAGAUUGUUCUUUCAGUCAAAUGUUAUCCAGAAUGCAUUAAACGUAAAUGCUGAUGUUU